AUGGAUGCAAAUAUUCCUGCUAGCACUGCUAUUUCGAAUUAUCUGUCAGAUUACAUUUAUACCUACCUUGACAUUGACGACGAAACGUCACUUUUAGUACUUAAAUUCAACGAGGACAAAGAUAAACCAGACUCUGAAUUUAGAAAUGUGACAUCUUCAAUUUUGUCUAAAUUUCUCAAUACUACUAGGACUACUAGAACAGGAUCAGCGCAUCAACAAGCUGGUAUUUCAGUAAGAACAUUUCUUUCUAGUAUGCUUGUGUCUGCUUUAUAUUUCGUUGUGCAAGUGCUUCUUUUCACAUUUUUGAGAAAUAAAUUGAAACAUCUCUACCAAGCUAAGACCGUCCUUCAUCCAAUAAAGAACCAAAAUGAUGAGAAAUUGGAAAUCAGGACUAGUGGAAAUAAAAACGUAGUCCAAGAAUUUUUCAAAAAUACGUUUGGAUGGGUAACGAUGGUAAUUUUUUGUCCUAUCGACAAGUAUCGAGAUCUUGCUGGGUUAGAUGCAUAUUUUUUCCAAAGGUUUUUAUACAUGCUAAUAUUUCUUUUCUUUAGCUUUUCAGUGAUAAAUUUACCAAUUUUAAUUCCCAUCCAUUAUUUAUCAGGCUUUAUAGAUCUACAAGGCUUAGUUGACCUACCCAGGGAUGUCCAAAUCAAUACACCUUGGCUGGAUAGAAUUAAUAUGUCGAACAUAGUGCUUAAGGAUCCCAACAAGUUAAUUUUCCAUCUAUUUCUAAGCAUCUUUGUCAUUGUUUGGUUUCAUAUCAUUUUGAUAUCAGAGUUGAAGCAUGUGCAUGAAAUCUCGAGAAAGAUCCCAUUAAGCGCUGAAUACCAGUCGAUUUUAUAUGUGGAAAAUAUCCCUGAAUCCACUCAAGGUAAUAAAAUAAAAAUUACGGAUUUUUUCAAUUCGAUAUCCCCAGACUGUUUAAUUAGCAUUAGAUUCUUACCACGAAGAUGUGACCGACUUCGUAAAUAUUACAGAGAGCUGAAGGACCUUGAAACAAAAUUAGAGAAAUUGGCUAUGGAAAUCAUAUUGGAAAAGUAUUUUCUUGUCGCAAACUCCAAGUUGGGCGUCAACGGCGAUAAAAUAAAAAGGUAUUGGAAAAGAUAUCAACUGUUUUGCAACAGAGUUGCCUUUAUUCUUAAGACUCCCCAAAGAUAUCGUGGGUAUUUUAAACAAACAAACUGGAAGACAAUUUUAUACCAAUCUCAUAAACCGUGGUUUCAAGUUCGGUUGAAGAGCAAGCAAUUGUACAUUGAAGAAAGGUACAAUUUCUUCAAACUGACUUCACAAAAAUACCAAAGUCACCUCAAGGUAUGGCAAGAAAAAUGCCAGGCUUUGGAAAAAUGGAACAAUGAGCAGUACUUGCUUGAACAUAAGGAUUGUAAAUCACAAGUAUUUUUAAGCAAGGCAUUUAUAACUUUUAGUUGCCCUGCGAUCGCUCAUACAUUUGAUAAAUUAUUAACCUCAGGUAACAUUCGUGAAUGGAAUAACACUCUAGUGGGUACUAAUCCUCACGAUAUAAUUUGGAGUAACAUUAGUGUUUCUAAUGCUACGAUAAAGUUCAUGAGAUCAGCACUGGCGAGCACUUUGUGUUUUCUAAUAAUUAUAGGUUGGGUGAUCCCCGUGGCAUUUAUCGGGUUGGUCUCCCAAAUUCCUUAUGUCGCAUCUAUCAUACCGCUUCUGUCGCAAGUGACUACCAAAUCCGAAUUGGUUAAUGAUAUAAUAGCCGGUAUUUUUCCAGUGGUAACUUUAGUCUUCAUCACGGAGUUUGUACCAUUCAUUUUGAGAUGGUUCAGUUAUUUGAAAUGCUGCAGAACUGGGGCAGAAAUGGAAAUCGAUAUUCAGAAAUGGUUCUUUGUUUUUUUAUUCAUACAUGUCUUUUUAGUGGUGACCAUUUCUUCUGGUAUAUCACUUGUAGUGGAGAGAAUUCUGUACAAUCCAGUCAGUAUUCCAACUCUUUUAGCACACGAUUUACCCAAAAGUUCCAAUUUUUUUUGUUCCUUUGUACUCAUAAGAGGGAUGGCAUAUUCUGGCGGUAACUUAAUCCAGUUGAAAGAGCUACUAUUCGAGCUCUUCUACUAUAAAAUCACCAUGUACAAUCCUCAUAAACGGUGGAAAAGAAUGAGAAACAUCCCAAUUUUCCAAUGGGGUUCAAUUUAUCCUAUUUUCUCAGUAUUAGGUUGUAUUGGCAUCAUUUACAGCGUCAUUGCUCCAUUAAUCUUACCACUCUGCUGCAUAGCAUUCGCACUAGUUUUAUUCUCUUUCAAAUACUUGUUCAUCUACCAAGUCGAAGAAGGAACGCCGUCAGAAACGUUCGGAAGACUUUACCCACAAGCCCUUAUGCAACUAUACGCGGGAGUUUAUUGUAUGGAGUUCUGCAUGAUGGGAUUGUUCGCUCUGUCCAAUAGCUACAAACUGUGUACAUGCAUGGUUGUAGCGUUUGCAUUGACGAUUGUUGCACAUUUCAAAAUUUCAGAAAUGUAUCUGUCUAAAGUGCACGGUUCACCAUUCCAAACCCAUUCUCAAUUUUUUGACAAAUAUGAUAGACUGGAAGAGAACUUAAAUAAAGAGUUUAAAAUCCCAUUUGCUGAUGGUAAACACAAUGCUUGCCUGUGGUUACCUCAAGAUGAUGCCGGAAUAACCGGAAGAGAAUCCGCUAUCUUCACUAGAGAAGAGAUUACGUGUGAUUUGGAAAAAUGCUUUCUAAGUCCCUGUGGGGACAUAAUUUUGAACCCUCAAGAUGACUGCAGCUAA